UUCAAUUUGCAUGGAGCUUUUAAACGUUGAUUUGUUAGAUGAUAAUGCUAGGGGACAAGGUAUACUACUUUCACGCCUAAAGUCAUAUUAUAAUAGUUUUUAUUUAGAUGAGCAUUCUACCGAAGAAGCUCGAAUCAUUAAAACUAGGUGUUACAUUAUGUUGUUACUAGGAUCCUUUUUAUUUCCCGAAGGUAGUGGUUCUAGCAUGCAUAUUAUGUACUUACCUUUACUUAGACAAAUAGAUAGAAUAGGUAGUUAUAGUUGGGGAUCCGCAUGUCUAGCCUAUCUCUAUAGUUCUUUGUGCAAAAACUGCCACAAAGAUACUUCUACAUUUUCUGGAUGUGCUGUUUUGCUACAAGCAUGGGGAUGGUCAAGACUACCGUCUCUAGCACCGGUCAAUAGCAACCCCUUCACUUUUCCAUAUGCAAAAAAGUAAGUUGUUUAAAUUGCUAUAUCUUUACUUCCUUCCUUACAGUUUAUUACCCAUAACUAAUUUAUUUUAACUUUUUGGUGUAGAUGGUCGGCACGCGGUAUGAAUUACAGCAGAUGUCCGAGACACUGUAUUACUCAAUAUCGCAACCUGUUGGAUCACCUUCGACCGGCAGACUUCAUUUGGCGUCCAUACCUUAAUAUGGAUCAUGAGCAUCAGAUCAACCCUGAAGACGCAGCCGUAUGGACAACAUGCACACCAAUAAUACGGUUCACAACAGUGGAGCUGCACAACACCGAUCGUGUGAAGCUGCAGUUUGGUAUGGUCCAGAAUAUCCCAGAUCCCCCAGCUAGCCUAGGAGAAUGGCAUAUGCGUAAAGUGAACGACCAAUGGAACUUCAACCCUUGGCAACAAUUCGCAAGAUCAGAGUGUCGCAAGUGGAAGCACCGUCAUGACCAUGUCUUAACUGACGCAGUCAUGCCAAAUGAGGUAAAACCAAGUCGUACUUAUAUGGCUUGGUAUAGAUCAGUUGGAUUUCAAUUCAUCGCCGAUGAUAUGUACCUCUACGACCCACGCCAGACAACUUACACACAAGAAGCCUCAACAUCUAACCCCCAACAACAUUCUCAGCCCAAUUACUCACAACCACCUAUCCGACAAACUUUCCGUUCCACAAACACACAAACAUACAACCAAAACAUGCCAUUCACCCAACCCCAAAACCAAGAACAUCCCCCAUACCACCACCAACAAAUGGACCAUCAACCUUCGACCGAACAUCGCUUCGCACCCACACCAUCACCCUACCAAAGUCGCCUUACCCAAAACACUAACCGCCCCAUCACCUACCGUAGCCAAGAACCCCAAACAUCACAAUACCAAAACAUCCCACAACCAUAUCUCUUCCAAACACCCCAACAACCUUUCCAACCUUUCCUAGACCCAUCAUUGUCACCCAUGUCCCCCUUCAACCGUCUUGGUCGCCCAUCCAUGAGUCAACCACACCCCAACUUCUCUGGCAUGGGUCAUGAGCUCAGCUACGCCGGUACACCAUCAUUGAAUACUGAAGACUAUGCUGAGUUGGCUGCAUACCUCAACGGAUCUUCUCCUGUAGGCGGUAAUGACGCUCCUGGACCAUCAGAUGAACAAACACCGGUUCAGAAUCGUCAACGUGGGUUAGGGCCAAGGGUUAGGAUAGCUAGGGGAUGUGGGACCGGAGGUCGGUUAGGUGAUCCCGGUCAUCACCAUUAGGAUUCAUUGUGUAAAAUCCAAAUUUUAUUAAUAUCAAUUCGUAUUAUGUCAAA